AUGCCCGCCGCUCCCAAACACCUCAUGGACUCGGCCUCCGUCUCCGCCUCCUCCUCCUCCUCCUCCAGCGACAAGUCCUCCUCGCGCAAGCGCAAGCGUUCCUCCAAGACCAAGCCCAACGGCGACAAUGACGCCGUCGACCAGCAGCCCGCCAAGAAGACCAUCGCCUCCUCCAAGCCCCUCCUCGCCAACGGCAACCGCCGCAACUCAUCCUCCAAAGCCGCCCGCGACCCUCGCGACUCGGCCUCGCGCGCCGUCACCGUCCGCCAGCCCACCCCCGUCGUUGACUUUGAUGGUCUGAGCCGAACCGCCAAGGGAACACGCGCCCGUCUCCAGGAAACACCACAGCAGGCAGCCGAGCGCCUCGAAAAGAUGCGCGGCGCCAUCCGUACCAUCCUCGAGUGCGUCGGCGAGGACCCCGACCGCGAGGGCCUCCUCGACACCCCCUCGCGCUACGCCAAGGCCAUGCUCUUCUUCACCAAGGGCUACCAGGUCAACGUCGACGACCUCGUCAACAACGCCCUCUUCAACGAGGGCCACAACGAAAUGAUUGUUGUCAAGGACAUCGAGGUCAAUUCCCUCUGCGAGCACCACCUCGUUCCCUUUACCGGCAAGAUGCACAUCGGCUACAUCCCCCGCAACACCGUCAUCGGCCUCUCCAAGCUCCCCCGCAUCGCCCAGAUGUACGCCCGCCGCCUGCAGGUCCAGGAGCGCCUCACCAAGGAGGUCGCCAACGCCGUCAUGGACAUACUCAAGCCCCAGGGCGUCGCCGUCGUCAUGGAGUCGUCCCACCUCUGCAUGGUCAUGCGCGGCGUCGAGCAGACCUCCACCACCACCAUCACCUCGUGCGUCCUCGGCUGCUUCGAGCGCAAGUCCAAGACCCGCAACGAGUUUCUCUCCCUCGUCGGCAUCAACAGAGGGAUAAAGGGCAAGUGA